UAAGCAGAAGUGCAGUGGUCCGCAAAAAAGAGUUGAUCUGUUAGAGAAAUCGAGUGCUAAAGCUCAGCUCAGCUGGUCAACCAAAAAUGGCUGACAAGUCCGAUCUCUUGCUACUUUUCGAUCGUCCACAUGAACCCGUGUUCAUGGAAAAAGGUCGAGGCGUAGUUUUUGAUGUGCCGAAAAAAUUUUUAACGGAACGUUACCAAAGCAUCAGCAAUGAAGUGCUGGAUCGGUUUAGCGAAAGAGCUGAGAAGCGCAUAAGCGUGCGGGACAUACCCAUGCCAGAUCUUAGUAUACCUAUGCAAUUGUCGCGUAAGGCGCACUUUUCGCUCUGCAUGCCGGCACAUCGUAUAAUGGCCGCGCGCCUCAUUGAUACGUUCAUGCACGCGCCCACAAUCGAUCAACUGCAGAGCGUUGCGGCUUAUGCGCGCGAUCGCCUCAAUCCGUAUCUCUUCAAUUAUGCGCUGAGCGUGGCAAUACUUCAGCGCAAUGACACCAAAGGCGUGGGUUUACCGUCUAUCAUACAGAGUUUCCCCAACAAAUUUGUGGAUCGUCAAGUUUUUCGGCACAUACGUGAGGAAUGCACGAUCGUACCCGAAGGUUCGCGUAUACCAAUUGUCAUACCGCAUGAUUAUACGGCAUCAGAUGAGGAACCAGAACAUCGCUUGUGGUAUUUUCGUGAAGAUUUCGGUGUGAACUUAUAUCAUUGGCAACGGUAUUUGUUGUAUCCAUUCGAGGCGAGCGAACACAGUGUUGUAUUUAAGGGUCGUCGCGGUGAGCUGUUCUACUACAUGUAUCAGCAGAUCUUAGCGCGUUACAAUGUCGAACGCUUGAGUAAUGAUUUGGAACGUGUGAAACCCUUGGAUGAUUUGCGUGAAUAUAUUAAAGAGGGCUACUUUCCGAAAAUGGAGUCGUCGCCACGCUUUGAUAAUACCAAACUUUCGGAUGUGCGACGCCAUCAGGAUCAAUUAAUUAUGGAUAUUGUCGACUUGGAACAAUGGCGCGAUCGUAUAUAUGAAGCUAUCGCCAAAGGUUUUGUCUUAGAUGAAAGUGACAAGCGUAUACCACUCAAUAUCGAUGUGCUUGGUAAUAUAAUUGAGUCGUCAACGGCAUCACCAAACCGCAACCUUUAUGGUGAUCUAUAUAAUAUGGGUCAUCUCUUCAUCGCCUAUGCGCACGAUCCCAAACAUCGUCAUUUGGAAUCAUUUGGUGUUAUGGGUGAUCUGGCUACGGCAAUGCGUGACCCGGCCUUCUAUAGAUGGCACGCCUAUCUGGAUAAUAUUUUUCAGCAACACAAAGCACGUCUAACACCCUACACCAUUUCGGAGUUACGCUACGAUGGCGUCUCUCUAACAUCUCUAGAAGUCGCAGCUGAAGGUGUGCUGGAAUCCAAUGUUUUAUACACUUACUGGCAGGAAUGUGAUAUUGAUCUGUCACGUGGUGUGGACUUUGCGCCACGUGGUAAUGUCUUUGCGCGCUUCAAGCAUCUACAGCAUACACCCUUUACAUAUACAAUCAAUGUGAGCAAUGAAAGCGAUACGAAACGUUUGGGUUUGGUACGCAUUUUUAUCGGUCCCAAGUACGAUGAGCAAGGUCAGGCUAUGCUCUUUAAAGAACAACGUUUGCUUAUGAUCGAAUUGGAUAAAUUUGUGGUGGCACUGCAACCUGGUGAAAACGUAAUCAGGCGACGCUCCACUGAAUCUAGUCUAACGAUCCCGGUAGAGCGCACAUUCCGAGAACAGGAAGUGACACAUGUUUCCAAUGAAAUUAUCGAAGACGCCUGUGGCUGGCCACAUCAUAUGCUGAUACCGAAGGGUUCAACCGCAGGUUUGCAGUGUGCGCUCUUCGUUAUGAUAUCCCAAUACGAUCAGGAGAACGUUGAUCAAGAGAUCGUCGCUGGUCCUUCCUAUUGUAGCUCCAACAAUCUCUUGCAUCGCGAUCUUCAUGCCUUGGGCUUCCCAUUCGAUCGCCAGCCUCGGUUUGGUGCUGAUCGCCUUGCCGAAUUUCUCACAUCGAAUAUGAUUACUACAGACGUUGUCGUACGCUAUGAAAACCGCACGAAGCCUUGUUGUUGAGUCGAGCUCUAUAUAUUUAUUUUCUUCUUCAUUUAAAUAUGUUUAAUUUGCAAUAAAAUAGUUCGCUGUGAACAAUCGCGUUUGAGAUCAGUCAGUUGAU